AAUGUCAGAUAGAUUUUUGAGCGGUAAACGUCGAAUAUCAUGGAAAACAAUUGUUAUUGGUUUAAUAUUAACUUGACGCCGUUAUAAUAGUGAAAAAGUUAAUUUUCCAAUGGUGAAAAAUUAAAUAAAUUAAAAUUAACGGUUCAUGACGGUUACAUCACUGUCUCUUUCUCGAAUGUAAAUUCCGCCGUAUCGGGACGUGGUGGGAACCAGACGGGCGACGGAGUCGAGAGUUUACGCAUUCGUGUUGCUGCGAAGUGUACAAGUUUAUCGAGAAAAAAAAAGAGGAAAAAUAGUUCCUGAUUUUUAAGUGAAUUCCUCUAUGAGAAUUGUGUAAAAUUAAUUUUGCGGAAAGUAAAUUAUCAUUGAAGGUUGAUGUCUCGUUUGAGGCUUGGAUUUAAGACAUCUUGUAUUAUGGAGCUUGUAAAUCGUUAGAAGGAUGUUGGGAGACGAUCCACCUUAUCUAUCCGUGGGAACGGAGGUUAGUGCCAAGUACAAGGGUGCAUUUUGUGAAGCAAAGAUCAGAAAAGUUGUGAGAUCGGUAAAAUGUCGUGUAACCUACAAGCAAGGAUUGGGUACUGCAACAGUAACGGAUGAACAAAUAAAGGGAACAUUACGAGUUGGCGCAUCCGUGGAGGCACGACAUAAUGAUCGAAAAGAUUUUAUUGAAGCUACAAUAACAAAAAUUCAAGAUUGUAGCCAGUACACAGUUGUUUUUGAUGAUGGCGAUAUAACAACAUUAAGAAGAACUGCUCUUUGUUUGAAAAGUGGACGUCAUUUUGCUGAAAGUGAAACAUUGGAUCAACUUCCCUUGACGCAUCCUGAGCACUUUGGAAAUCCCGUUAUUGGCGGUAGACGAGGACGUCGUUCCCGACAAACACAAGAUGACAGCAGCGAAGACGAAGGAAGUCCACCGCGAGGUUCACAUGAUUCAGGAACAGGUGGUGAAGAAAAAGAGGGUUUGGAAAUUGAGCCAGAAAUUGGUCGUGUUGUUUGCGUGGAACUUGGUGAUAAGAAAAAAAAGGAUAAUUGGUUUCCAGGACUGGUUGUAGCGCCAACAGCACAAGAUACAGUGAGAAUUCGCGUUAAAGAUGAUUAUCUUGUACGCUCAUUUAAAGAUGCAAGAUAUUAUACAGUACCGAAAAAAGAAGCAACGGAAUUUACAAAAGAUUUAGGUAAUAAAGUUGAAAAUAGUGGAUUAAAAGUUGCUGUUGAAAAAGCACUUUUAUUUCUUGAAAAAAAUGAAUUACCACCACAUUGGGAUAAAGAUUCAUUAUUUGGAAAUUCUGUUUCAAGUGGUAAUAGCGAUUCUGAUGGUGAUAUUGAUUCAGAUAGUUCCGAUGAUGAGCCACGCGAAGAAAAAGAUCAUUUUGUUGCACAACUUUAUAAAUUUAUGGACGAUCGUGGUACACCAAUUAAUAAUUGUCCAAUGAUUGGUGAUGAGGAUAUUGAUCUUUAUCGUUUAUUUCGCGCUGUUUAUAAAUUAGGUGGCUAUAAUCGUGUAACUAAUCAAAAUCAAUGGAAAAUAAUAACACGUCGUUUAAGUUUUUCAAUGCAAAGCAAUCCUGCGACGCACAAUCUUGUUAAGCAAGCUUAUAAAAAAUUUUUGCAUUCAUUUGAAGAUUUUUAUAGGAAGUUAGGUUGCACAAUGGUUAAUCAUCCGCGUGGUAGUGUGAGAAAACAACGUCCUGGUCGUAGUUUGAUACGCGAUAAAGAUAGAAAUACACCAAUUCCACCUCAAGUUAAGACUGAAAAAGAAGAAGAUGAGAAGAAAGUUGAAGAAGAAAAGAAAGAGAAACGUGAAGUGAAGAAAGAAAUAAAAGAAGAGGAACCACCGCCGAAACCGGUGAAAAAGAAGGAAAAGGAAAAAGAGAAAGAGAAAGAAAAAGAGAAGGAAAAGGAGAAAGAAAAGGAAAAAGACAAUCAGAAAGUAAUUCAAGAGAAGGAAGAAUCAGAAAGUUUGAGUGGACAGGAAAGUGAUGUUAAUGUUGAAGAAGAGGAAUCGUCAAGUAGUGAAAAUUCUAAAAAAGCAUCACGAUACAAUUCUUUAAAUAGAGGUAAAGCAAAGGAGGAAAAAAAGCCACCAAAGGAGGAGAAAAAGAAAAUUCUCGAAAAGAAGAAAGUAGAAAAGAAACAAGAGAAAAAGGAAGAGAAACCAGAGAAAAAAGAGGAAGACACAACAAAAACGAGAACAAAAGCGAAGGAUGAAAUAACAAAAGGGAAAACAAUUAUUGAAACACGAGAAUCGAGAACUCCUUCUCGUGAAACAGAAAAGAAACAAUCAUUUACAAAGCAAAGACGUUUUACCGAGGAGGAAAUGAAAAAACGAGGACGUAAACGUAAAGAUACGGAUGGCGAAAAAACACGUAGCACCGAAGAACAAUCCGUCGAUUAUGCACCUUCUUAUAAAGGUCCCGUUGUAUUGGGCGAUAAAUUAAAAGUCUACUAUGGACCAAAUCACGAGUCAAAAGUCACAUACGAGGCAAAAGUCAUUGACCUUGAGAACGAUGACACAGAACCACUUUAUCUUGUUCAUUAUACAGGUUGGAAUACAAGAUAUGACGAAUGGAUCAAAAGUUCUCGAAUAGCUCAAAAUUUCACUCAAAGUCAAGGAAGAGUAAAACGAACAAAAACAGUAUCACGUCCACCAACACCGAGCGCAUCGGGUAAUAAUGGUAAUAAUAAAUCAAUAAAAACAGCCGUUACACCAGUUUCACAAACACGAAGACGUGCACAAAGUGUUGCACCAACGACACCAGGUACACCAACAAUGUUAAAGGAUUCAAAAACCACUGACUCAAUUGACAAAGACGAUACCGAGUCAGAUUAUCUUGUCGAUUACAGCGGUUGGAACACAGGUUUCGAUGAUUAUUUUAAAGCACAAGGUCGUGUGAAGAGGAAAAAAGCCUUUCCACGUCCAGCAACACCUGGACCAUCUUCAGGCAAUGGGAAAUCAACAAAAACAGCUGUAACGCCAGUUUCAUUAACUCGACGACGUGCCCAAAGUGUUGCACCAUCACCUGGAACAUCAAUGAAAAAAGACGAGAAUAAAGAGAGAUCGACAACUCCAAUUUUUGGUCCAAGUGUCAAGAGUCCAGCGACAACACCAGCUACUGGAAGAUUGAGUCGAGCUACACGCAAUGCCGAAAGUGGUAUUGAACUAAGACGACGAACAAGAAGAACUUCCGGUCAUACUGACGUUACUGCUGCAUCCGAGAGUGAUGAUACAGAUUCUUAUGAAUCGGAUGCAACAGAACCGGAACAAUUAAGACCGCCUUCUAAGGAAAAAGAAGAAGGCAAUCGACGUGAAGCAAAACGAAGAGCUGAAACAAAAAUAAAAAUGGAUGCCAGUGAAGGUGAGGAAGAAAAGGAAUUAUUACCAAUUGAAGAGCCACGACGUGGACGAAGACUGAGGAGAAAUUUAAAUAAAGUCACCGAAGUAAAAUCCGAACCCGAGAGCGAUGAAGAACAACCAAAGGGUCGUGAUUUUGAUUUAAAUCAAAUACGCUCUGAAUUAAAAGGUUUUGAUAAGGCCGUUAAAAUGGAAAUAAUGCGCGUUGAACCUGAAAUCGAGGAUGUUAAACCGCCUCUAGAACAAGAAAAACCAAACAUUCCAAGUCCAGAAAAAGUUGAAAAAAUAGAUAAAGUCGAGAAAGUAGAAAAAAUCGAAAAAAUUGACAAACUUAAGAAACUCGAGGAUGAAAAACAGGAGAAAUUAAAAAAAAUCGAGGAGGAAAAAGAGAAAAUAAAGAAACAAGAGGAAGAGAAAAUGAAAAAAAUUGAAGAGGAAAAAUUAAAAAGAAUCGAAGAGGAGAAAUUGGAAAAAAUAAAGAAAAUUGAAGAAGAAAAACAAAAGAGAAUUGAGGAGGAAAAAUUGAAAAAAAUCGAAGAGGAAAAAAUGGAGAAAUUAAAAAAAAUCGAAGAUGAUAAAAAAGAGGCAAUUAAACAAGAAAUUGAGACAAAAUCAAUAGAGAAUACAGAAGAUAUUUAUGAAUUUAAAGAACCAGAACCAUUUGAAUUUGAAGUUAGAAAUAAAUCCGGUGAUAAGGAUAAAAAGCGACGUGUUUUUGAUGAAAGUAUUAAAAGUAGUCCAAAGAAAAAGCAAAAAACUUCAUCGUCACCAAAAGAGAUAAAAACUGAUCACGAAAUUGAGAAUCGAAAGAAAAUUAGAAAACCAUUUAUGAAAAAAUUGGAUGAACCACCUGAGGAAAGUCGAACAAUUCUUCAAUCAUCAUGGAAAUGUGAGGAAGCUUUCGAUAAACUUUGCGAAAGUUCCUAUAAUCAAUCAUCAUCAUCAUCAACAACAACAACAACAAAAACAUCAAUUGUCGAAGAGACUAAAAAUCUCGAUCUUCUCUUCACUGAUUUACCAGGUGAUGAUGAUUCUGCUAUUGAUGAUCCCGAGGAUCGUUUAAUUAUCUCCGAAACUGAAACCGAAGAAAAUCUCUUCUCGUAUCAACAGGAAAUUUUCCCUCCCAAUAAUGAAAUGGUAAUUAAGGAAGAAAAACCAAAAACACCACCACCACCAAUACAAUUACCAAUUGUUGUUGAAUCAAAACCAAUUACUCCGGAAUUGAAAACAAUUAUAAAACCCUCAUCACCGAAAAUUGAAGUAAAACCACCGCUGGAAACAAAACCCCUCGAUUUUCCAUCUUUACCAUCAAAUUUACCAAUUGUUCCCAUACCAAUAAGCGCACGAUUACCUGUUACAUCGUCAAUUGAAGAAAAAUUAUCCGCAGCCGCCGCUUUUAGAAAUAAAGUCAAGGAACUCAAAAAAGAUGAUGAUCAAGAAUCUUCCAAAAAAACGUUACACUUUAAAGAAAAAGAAAUUUUAAAUCGCAAAUCCGAACUUAGACGAAAAGAAGAGAAAAAAAUUGAUGAGAAAAAAAUCGAUGACAUCAAAACAGAAACUGAAAUUCCUGAGGAAAAACCCGUCUCAAAAGUAAAGGAGGCUAUAGAUAAAAUUGAGAGAAGAAUUGAGAGUGAAAAUGCAGCAGCACAAAAAUUGGAUUUAAGAAAAUUUGUCGAGCAAAAAAAUCCAGAAAAAAUAGAAGAAAAAUGGAAAAAAGAAAAAUUAUUCCAUGAUGAGGAACAAAAAGGAUUAAAUAUUGAAUUUACAGAUUCAACAGAUAGUAGCGAUUCAGAAAGACGUUUAAUAAUCGACAAUGAUGUUGAAUUUAAUGAGGAGCCAAAAUUCGAAAUAAAAAUUAAUACCGAACAGCCACGAGGAAUUAAAGAACGUGGAGCAAUUGUAAAAAAUCCACAACAAGAAAGAACAACAACAAUUAUUAAAAAUCAAGAGAAAAUUAUCACCACAACAAAUGUAAAAUCAUCAUCAGAUCGUCCAAUUGUUAAAAAUCAAAUUAAAAAUCCACUUGUAAAAAAUCAAGAACCAAAAAUUGUUAAAACUCAAUUAAAAAAUCAAGAUCGUAAUAUUGUGAAAAAUCAAGAGAGAGUAAAAAAUCCCGAACGAUCAAUUGUAAAAAAUCCUGAAAGACCCCUUAUUAAAAAUCAAUUAGUCCCAAAAAUUAGAAACGAAACACAAGAAUUGAAAAAUGAUGCAAAAAAUCAAGAAAUCAAAAAUGAAUCAAAAGAUAUAAUUGUCAAAAAUCAGGUAUCGGUGGUAAAAAAUCCAGAGAGACCAUUAAUGAUGAAGAAUCAUGAACGAGGAUCGAGUUUGAAAUUAAAUCAAGAAAGAGUAGGAUUAAAAUUAAAUCAAGAGAGAAAUUAUGAAAAAAUACCGCAAAAGAAUAUUGAAAUUGAUGAUUCAAAAAUACCGAUUCAAAAUCAAGUAUUACGUUUACAACAAGCGGGACUACAGUGUAAAUUUAUACGCGCCGAUGAAGAAGGCGAAAAUUUAAAUUCAUUAUUGUGCGAGGAGGAAAUUCCAGGUUCACCAACACCUGGAAUUGAUAUCAUUGAUCAUGAAGUUCCGGGUACAUCGCACACAAUUCCAAAAGCAAAAAUUCCCGACAAUUCGAUUGUCCUAAUGGAAAUGCCAUUCGCGAGCGCUCCAACUUCGAGUCCAACAACAACUUGCGGAAUAUCAACAUUAAGCAAUAUUAACAUUUCAUUACCACAGAGUCAGAAUAAUUCCUCUUCAAUGAUUCCAGUUCAACAACAGGUACCAAUACCAAUUCCAAUUCAAAGACAAGAGAGCAAUGAAGCUGCACCGGUAAUGGAUAAUACACCACCAACGACACCUGAUUCAAGUAUCUCGAAUAUGUGCGAAUCGCCAAGAGAAGAAGGAACCGCGGGUUCAAGUCCAAUGUCGGAUGAUAAUAAUUUAAAGCAACAUCAUCAUCAUCAUCGUGAUAGUUCGGAAAUGGAGAAUGAUAAUGGAAAAAUUGCCGGAUUAAGUGAAGAUGAUGGAUCGUUGAUGAAUGUGGAAAGUGGUAAUACAACAACACAACCGGAAAGACCUUUAAAGCAAAUAAUGAAGAAAAUGGAUGAAUCGACAACAACGACGACGACAACAACAACAACAACAACAACAAAGAAGAGAAAACGAAAUCGAAGUCAAACGGAGAUGGGUAAUAAUUCAGGUAAAAAAUCACCGAGACAAUCGGGUAGACAUAGACAUGGUGCUGGAAGUGAUAGCGAUGAUACCAGCGAAGAAUCAAAUCAAUGUGGCAGUGCUAAUUCUAUUUCAACGAAUCAUAAUAAUGUCACAUUGACGGAGCUUAAUAGUUAUUCAUCGAGGUCGCCCAGGCCUACCAAGUACAAUUUCUUUGUAGAAUUAGAUCCUGAAUGGGAUGGAAGUCAAAGAAUAGCUGUUCUUCAACAAAAACUUAGUGAAUUACGAAAAACUUAUAAUGCAGUAAAAGUGGAAUUGGCAACAAUUGAGAGACGUCGAAAAAAGCUUAAAAGACGAGAACGAGAAGCAAUCAAAGCAGCCAAAGCAGAAAUGCAACAAGCGUGUUCGUGAUGAGAACCGAGCCAUGGGCGUCUCAGGAAACAAUUUAUGUACAGAACAACUUCCAGCAUUUGAAUAAUGGUAACCAUGUGAUUUGUGCAAACGCCUAGGAUUUAAUAAUUGAGCGAACUUUUAUCUAUUACUAUUAUUAUUAUUAUUAUUAUUAUUAUUAUUAUUAUCAUUAUCAUCAUCAUCGUCAAUCAUCAUCAUCAUCAAUGGUCUCGUGUCAGCUUAGAUAAGUAAUCCCAAUCCCUAUAGAAUCAGGUUUGUAGAUAUACUUAUAGUUAUAAAAAAAAAUAGGGGGAAAAAAUAAGUUUAAAAAUCAAUGUCGAAUUAGAGAAACACCCUUAAAUGCAAAAAAAAGUGCCAAAAUGUGGUCGAUAAAAAAAAAAGGAAAGAAAAAUUAUUUUCUCUACUCAAGAAAAAAGAUACGUUUCUUUUAGAAAAAAAAAAAAUAAAUUAAUUUUCUAAGUCGAUAGACAAUUUUUUUUUUUUGUGAUUAAUUUUUGUUUAUUUUGCAAUAUAAACUUUGCAAUAAUUAUUUUAUUUUGAAAAAUGUGAGUUUACAAAUUCAAUAAAUGCAUUUAAGGGUAGAAAUGUGUUUUUUUUUUUUUUUUUUUUUUUUUUAAUGAAUAUCAGGCGCAAAAUCGAGGUGAAAAAAAUAUUUUCGUCUAAAGCGCAUUUAUAAGGCUGAGAGAGUUUUACCGAGAGUUGUAAUUCUAUCUCUCAAUGUUGAGCCUUUUCGAUUUGAAAGGGAUGUCCUGUGCAAAAAGAGCUUUUCAACAUUAAUUAAUUAAAAAAAAAAAAAGAAAAAAAAUUGAAUAAAAUAAAAUGAAAUAUAGUUUACAUUCCAUUUUUUUACUAUUACUUUAUUCAAUUAGAAUAAAUUAAUAGUAAAAAAAAUGGAAUGUAAACAAUUGGAAAAAUAAAAAAAUUUUUGAUGAAAUUAAAUAUAAAAAAGAAAUAAUAUUAAAAACUAAAAUUAAACAAAAUAUUAAAUUAGCGACUAAUUGUAAAUAUAACAUAAGUGUUGUUAAAAUGAAGUUUAUGUUAAUUAUUUUGUAAAAGGUAAACAAAAAAAAAAAAAUUUACCGUGGUCGCUAAAUAAAUUUUAAAUAUCUUUUCUUUAAUCUAGAUAAUUAGAUUGUUAUUUAUUUAAUGAAAUGAAUCGUUUUAAAUUAUAUGAGAAAAUGAAUAAAAAAAAAAAAAAAAUGUGACUCGUUCUAUUUGCACUUGGCUCCUCAGAUUCAAUUUAUAAUUUCCUGUAUCAGGAAAAAAGAUCUUCCAAGGCUCUUUGAUAGAUAGCUUUUUUUAAAAAAAAAUGUAACACUAGAUUAUAAAACAAUUUAAAAAUGUUUUAUAUCUUGAGUUUUUGAAUAUGUAUAUUUUUGCAUUAGUGCUCUCUCUCUCUCUCUCUCUAUAUAUCUCUAUUUUUCUUUUCAAAUUCGUUUUUUAAAUCACUACUAUUUUUAGAAUUUUAGAUAAAUUUUAAUUUAAUUUUAAAAAGGAAAAAUUACAACUUUUAGGUAGCUCAAUUAUUUUAUUUUUUUUUGUUUGUUUUUCGUUUAAUAGACAGAUUAUAUUAAUAAAUUUUUAUUAUAAUAAGAAAAUUUCGGAGAGCCUUUGUGGGAGAAGACUUUUUAUUUUGCGCGCACAUUUUCAAAUAUUGAGCAAUUAAGUAUGUUUGAACCAUUGUUUUAACCUCAAAUUAAAUACUUUUGACUGAAGAAAUUUUUUGUUUUUUAAAAAAAUUGAAUUGAUGUUCUUUUGUAAAAAGUACUUUUUUGUUAUUUAUAUAUAUAUAUUAUUAUUAUUAUUAUUAUUAUUAUUAUGUAAUUUAUUCUCUUUGAGGUUGAAUUUCAAAAGUGGAUCGAACACUCUUAAAGCGAUGAAAUUUUUAAUAUCUCUAUAUAGUGAACAUUGAAAUAUUAGUCACUUCUUUUAAUAUUUCUUGUGUAAAACAUUUCAUCGAUAGAUAUCAAAUAGUCCGAUUAAGAGAAUUAAUAGAGUAUCGUGUAAUAUUAGCAGAAUUAAAAAAAAAAAAAAAAAAAAAAAAAAAGAUUAUUUACCUUUCAUAUACACAUUUCACGUACAAAAAGUGGAUAAUUUCAAAUCCUUGACUGUUUUGUUAAACAGUUUCACAUUUUGUUUAAAAAAAAAAUCGAUGGAAUGAAUGUUGUAAAUAUAAUAUUACGAAUAAUAAUAAUAUCUUUUGAUUUAA